UUGACGUAUACGUUUGUACUUGUUUAGCGAUUGGCGAAUGUCGCCUUGUCGAUGGAAUUGAAUGUCGACCGCGACUACCGCGAGCCAACAUUUCUCCAUCGCCGCGUCGUAAACUGUUUUAUUUCGUCACUUAUUUAAUAGUUUUAUACGACGAGGCGGCUGGCGUGACAUUAUUGUGUUUAAGUUGUCAUGAGGCAGUGACCCGUGUUGCGUUAGCCAAAAUGUUUCGGAGUAAAAUAAGGAUACACACAUGCCGCAUCAUCCUGUUGACCUCGCUAGCAUGGCUGCUCGUCGACGUGAUGUUGCUGGCCAUGUACUCGGAUUGUUUUGGCGAAGGUUGCAGCAAGAAGACAACAGGCAGUGAAGAUGGUAUACAGAAAGAAGAAUAUAGAGGGAAGAAAGCAGCAAUAGCUGCGGCCCUACAGCAGGACAUAGAUGAUGAAGACACAAAUCUUGAGGAGAAUGAAGUAGGCCAAGACCUCAAUGAUGAUGGACUACUCCUGGCUCCAUACCCACGGUCAAGGCUGAAGAGAUGGGAGCCAGCACCCACAGUCAGACCGCAUGGAGAUUCUCCAGGAGAAAUGGGUAAAGCCGUGAACAUUCCAAUAGAACAGGAAAAGCUGAUGUUGGACAAAUUCCAAGAAAAUCAGUUCAAUCUUCUGGCGAGUGACAUGAUAUCCCUGAACAGGUCGCUCACCGACGUGCGCUUUGAAAAAUGUAAAGACAAACCGUAUCCAGAGUUGAUGCCGACGACGAGCGUCGUGAUAGUAUUCCACAAUGAGGCGUGGACUACCCUCAUACGAACCAUAUGGAGUACCAUCAACCGGUCGCCGAAGGCGUUGCUCAAAGAAAUCAUACUGGUGGACGAUGCCAGUGAAAAGGAACAUCUAGGAAAGAAGCUGGAAGAUUACAUAACGACGCUGCCGGUUCAAACGCGCCUGUUCCGCACUGAAAAGAGGUCCGGACUAAUCAGAGCGCGCCUGCUGGGCGCGAAGCACGUACAGGGUGACGUCAUUACGUUCUUGGACGCGCACUGCGAAUGCACAGAGGGCUGGUUGGAGCCGCUGUUGGCGCGUAUCGUUGAAGACAGGACAACAGUGGUGUGCCCCAUCAUCGACGUCAUUUCGGACACCACCUUCGAAUACAUCCAGGCUUCGGACAUGACAUGGGGUGGUUUCAACUGGAAACUCAAUUUUAGAUGGUAUCGCGUGCCGGAGCGAGAAAUGUCACGUAGAGGCGGUGACAGGACCGCGCCACUCCGCACACCGACCAUGGCUGGUGGUCUUUUCGCCAUAGACCGCGACUACUUCUACAAGAUCGGCUCCUACGACGAGGGCAUGGACAUCUGGGGUGGAGAGAACCUCGAAAUGAGCUUCAGGGUGUGGCAGUGCGGCGGUCGGUUGGAGAUAGUGCCGUGCUCCCACGUGGGCCACGUGUUCCGCGACAAGUCGCCCUACUCGUUCCCCGGCGGCGUGCAGAACGUAGUGCUACACAACGCCGCGCGCGUCGCCGAAGUCUGGAUGGACGAGUGGGGGGAUUUCUAUUACGCCAUGAAUCCAGGCGCGCUGAACGUGCCCGUGGGUGACGUCACCGAGCGGAAGGCCUUGCGCGACCGGCUCAAGUGCAAGAGCUUCAGGUGGUACCUCGAGAACAUAUACCCGGAGAGCCAGAUGCCGCUCGAGUACUACUACCUUGGAGAGAUACGUAAUGCCGAGACGUCGAACUGUUUGGACACGCUCGGCGGGAAGGCGGGACAACCACUCGGCAUGGGGUACUGUCAUGGAAUGGGUGGCAAUCAGGUGUUUGCUUACACGAAACGCAAGCAAAUAAUGUCGGACGACAAUUGUUUGGACGCGGCGCACCCGCGCGGCCCUAUCAAGCUGAUACGCUGCCACGGCAUGCGCGGGAACCAGGAGUGGACCUACGAUUCUAAGACGCGCACAAUAAAACACACGAACACGGGCAUGUGCCUCGACAAGCCGGAGUCGUCGGACGUGUGGAAGCCGGUGCUGCGCGCCUGCAACCGCUCGCGCGGCCAGCAGUGGCUCAUGCAGGUCGACUUCAAGUGGCAGGCGCGCCGACACGCCAGGGACCAGGCCAGCUAGUCCCAGCUCACACCUUCAAGGAAUGACAACGAUAGACCAUAACAGUCUUCCCCCUCUCGUUAGAUAUCAGAUUUAUUCCUUAUUCCUAUAUCUGAAAGUUUUAUAUCUAUUAGAUUUUAACGUUAUCGACACAAUAUGAUGUCCUGUGAAUCGUUGACAAUACAUAAUAUGCUGUAAUAUGUUGUAUUCCCUGUAACUUUGCUCAACUUAGUAUUGCGUCGGAUAUUCGUUAGUAUAUUUUGUUUGAUAGGCAUACGGAUACUACGAUUAUUGAUAUGAAAUAUUUCAUUAAUAAUGUUUUCGUUCACUACUUAAAUAAUUUUAUCUAGGCAGAGGAUUGUUGAAUCGUUUGGUCUUGUCGAGUCGUUGAUUUUAUGCCAUUAAUCUUUUCUCGAAAUAUUGCACGUGAUUGUUAAGAGUGCGUGUAAAGUCAGCGACGUCGAUAGAAACUAUUUAUUUUGUUCCAUGACCAAUAAUCUGUUAAAGUAAUAUAGUUUUAUCAAACAUUGGUAAGCCAAUUAAAGUACGUUUGGUGGUAGCUAGUAACGAGGCUUUUACGUUGGUCCCAUUACACCAUUAGGUGUAUGCAUGUCGUUCACACUAGCGAUAUGAAAAACUAUCAGUCCAAUAUAAUAUAAAAUACACGUACAACGUAUACGCCGAUGUAAAAGCCAUCACCAAGUAUUUCACUUGAUACCUUUGGAGGUAUAUUUUCAACAAAAUGGCUAUUUAAAAAGUUUCGCGGUGCUAAUCUUUGCCAUUAAGACACAUGUAAUUUUUAAUCCCCUAAUGUACGUUAUCACAAUCCAUUAUCGACUAGUGAUGCUAGACAAAUAACCAUAUCUAACAUUUUGCCACAAAUUAGUUGGUGUUGAGGAUAAAGAAAGUUUAAGUUUCAUUCAAAUGUUCCCUAUUUUUUCAUAAUUCUAGAAUUUAUUCAAUACUGCCAUAGAUAAAUAUAUUUCUGAUAUAUUAUAGUUGUCGAUGUCAAUAGUAGUCGUCUAAUGUUGUGUUGUAACCAUGUUGUUUGUGCUGUCAUUUUGGUGAUAACGAUAGGCGAUUGUGAGUGAAAACAAUUGAAUUAUGCAAUCGCUUUUUAUUGUAAUCAAAAAACAAUAGGUUUGGUUGUUUUUAUAACGUAUCCACAACGAGUCUAUGAUUUUUUGCAGUAGCAUAAGCGUCUAGCCAACCUGUUUCUCAAAUAUAAUAUCAAUAAUGACAUAAAUACGGCUCACAAUGCCGUACCUGAGUAUGAUUGGUCGGGACCGAUGCCACGUACUCGCCGACCGAUCAUUUGCUUUACAAUAGUGUGGUCGGAGUUCGUGCAGUCAGUCGUUGUGGACACGGCAUGAAUUCUUUUCUAUUUUCCAACCUGAUAUAAACUAAAAUCUAACCUAGACUUCACUUUGUUAAAAUUGCCAUAUAAUAAUGACAUUUAUCUAUAUUUAAUUUUCUGUUUUAUUGGACCUACUCAAGUACAGGACACAAUAACUGUAAUUGGCAGCGCUGUUGGUAACUAAGGAUCAAUUUCUAUAGUAAUUAUUCCUUGACCAUGACCUAUUGGACUAUCAUAGUUUCAAAUCCGUUUAAAAAAACUUCAAGCAGUUUGGUUCGUGUGCGCGAUUUUAGCCCAUUUUGUGUAUAAUAAAUAAAAUAAAUGUACUUCCACUCGCCUAUCGUUAAUGACUUGGUAAUCGUACCUGAUGCAGUAUCAUUGAUGCGUCAGUGUUUCAUACGUGAGAUUAUUAUAGCUAAGGGAACUGUUUCGAACGCGAUUAUUGUCAUACGUGCAGACAAAGACGGGAUGCGACGUUAGUGCACAUGUAACAAUAAUACAAGUUCAUUAAUAUAGUGAAAGUUGCCUUAAUUAUUUGUAUUCAAACUUGGCGUUAUUUAUAAGAAUCAAAAGUAAUAUUCUAGUGUAUUUAUAUCUAAUACGACGUGAAAGGGUUCGAAGGAAUUGCCUAUAUUAUAAUUUUUCUCAUAAUUAUUAGCUUAGUAAUUUUAUAUAGUUUCAAUUUCAUUCCCUUUCGAAUGUAAAGUGUGUCGCUUAGUUUAACUUGAGCCCUUACAACGAAAAAUCUUAUGGUAUUUUAUGCGUAGAUGAUCAUUAUUAUUGGUUGUAUAAUUUUUAUUUUUUAUAUAAAAUUGUUAAUAAAUAGAUGUUAUCGGGGCCAAGUUGAGUCCUCUCGAUACCGAAUUAUUUAUGUAUUAUGCAUUUGAUUUCCUUUUUUAAAUUUGGUUAGUGAUUUGAAUUAAUGAAUAUUUAUUUUCGAAUAACAAAAAUUAUCAUAUCACUAUUUAAAAUGUAAAUUAUAGUGGACGUGGACGUUUGGCGCGUUCGUUUAAGUAUACAGUACAUCACAAAUUUUAAUAGCGUGUAUAAUAACUGUAAACUAAAAUAUCCAAUGUUAUUCGGAACAUGUCGUUCCAACACUAUUGUGUAAGCCCUUAUACAAUCUCGCUGAAGUGAACGGAAGUCGAUAACACUUGCCUUGCUCCGUCUGCCUUCAGUGGAUGUAGUCAUUUAGACAAGACAUAUUGUAAUUAUUGUAAAUAAGUUGUUAUGAGAAAGAUUCGUCCAAUUUAAUGACACUUGACGGGAUUGUGUUAAUUGAUGGCAUUUAUUUAUUUACGAACAGAAUCUCAGAUUGAAUAUUUUAUUAUUAGAGGUGCCAAAUUGAUUGUUUAUGUUGUAACAAAUACACACACCAUUCCAACAGACAAAUAUAUAUAUUUCGACUGUAUUGAAAAUUAAAAUAUUUGGACUGAA